AUGGGUUCUAAGGAAGUUUUAGUUCUUCUAAUUAUUCUCAUGAUCACAAAGGGAGAAUGCAAGGCAAGUGAUGGUGAAAAAACUUGCCACCCCAAUGACCUCAAGGCGCUGAUCGAUUUCAAGUCUGGGAUCCGCCAUGACGAUUCAUUCCGGCUGGAGAAGUGGAUUGGGCGUGAUUGCUGCAAAUGGGAUGGCAUUGUUUGUGACAAUGUCACUGGAAGAGUCAUAAAGAUGAAACUCCCUGGUGCAAUGACCAUUGAUGAUGCUCCUGCGCAGACAAGUAUGGAUGGCGUGUUAUCUCCAUCACUGUCACUCCUGACCUCCCUUGAAGUUCUUGAACUUAGUGGACUUUCUCACCUCAAAGGGCAGAUCCCUCCGCUGAUUGGGAAUUUGGCAAAGCUCCGAACUUUGGCCCUCUCUUACAACAGUCUUAGUGGUCCAAUACCAGAAAGCAUUGGUAAGCUAUCAAAACUUGAGGAAGUGCAUCUAAAUUCUAACAACUUCUCUGGCUCUCUUCCUUCCAGCCUUGGAAAUCUCAGCAGUCUUGGAACAAUGGAUCUUACUUCAAACCAUUUUUCGGGUUCUAUACCUCAUUCUAUUGGAAAUCUGAUGAAUCUGGUGAACUUGUAUCUAGAGAAUAACGUACUAACAGGCUAUAUACCAAAAUGUAUUGGUAACUUGCAGGCACUCCAAGAUCUUAAGCUAUCAAACAAUCUGUUGACUGGGGGAAUUCCUUUUUCCAUUGGCAAGUUAAGUUCUUUGCGCUCUAUUUUACUGGAUAAUAAUCAUCUUACAGGAAGGAUACCUUCUUCUUUUGGGCAACUGAAGUCACUCGUUACACUGUCCCUUCAGAAUAACCAGCUUGAGGGGCCAGUCCCUUCCAACUUAGGCCAGUUACAAUCAUUGGCAGAGUUAAAUCUUGGUGGGAACAGAUUAUCUGGUAAACUACCAAAAACUAUUGGCCUGCUCCCACUUUUCACCUUAAGCAUCUCGAACAACAUCACGAAUCUUUCAAGACUCUAUCUAUCAUUCAAUCCGCUGAAUCUUUCGUCAAUUCCAACUUGGCUUGUGGAUAUGCCAUCGAUAAACGCGAUUCACUUGGCUGGAUGUGGAAUAGAAGGUGAAAUUCCAAGGUACCUACAAAGUGCUGCAAGCAGAUGGGCGGAAUUGGACUUGUCAGCUAAUCAUCUCACUGGAAGCAUACCUUCCUGGCUUGGGAGCUUCCACCUGCAACAUUUGAAUCUCUCAACCAAUUCACUUUCUUCCGAGAUUCCUGCUACCUUUAUAAGUUUCGAAGACUUGGAAGAGUUGGACCUUCACUCAAAUAAAUUAUCAGGUUCACUGAACUGGUUAUUUCAAAUGAGAUGUAGUUUCCCUUUUGGAUUGUCAUAUGUUGAUCUUUCUAAUAACAGAUUCAGAGGUGAUAUCGAGCUGAUUGGCAAGGGAAGCCAACAGAGAAUUACAAAACUUAAUUUGUCGAAUAACUUGCUCAACGGUGAACUGCCAAAAUCCAUUGGAGAGUUAGGGUGGCUGUGGAGUUUGGAUUUGAGUUACAAUCAGUUGAACUCUGUCCUGCCAGAAUCACUAGCAAAUGCAAGCCUCUUAAAGAGGCUGAAUCUGCAACAAAAUAAGUUCACCGGUACGAUACCAUAUGAGUUUUUGAAGUUCAAACAUCUAAGAGAGUUGAACCUGUCAGGUAAUCUUCUUUCAGGGGAAAUUCCUCAAGGCAAGCCACUGACUGGUUUUCCAAAGAGCUCUUAUUCUGGAAACAGAGGUCUUUGUGGCGCACCCCUUCCUCCUUGCAAGAGGACUCAAACAUCACAUCCAUAGUCUUGUUUUUAGGCCUUGG